AUGUCUCCGCCUCUCCACCCUCCCUCGCCUUCGGGAUCGACGGAGCGAUUGGCGGAAGAGCUUACACCCGCCCUCGACCAGCUAAAAUCCCUCAAUUCUACCGAUGCCAUAAGCCUCUCCGACGCCCUCACAGCUACUGAGCCUCUCUUACGCCUACGACAUACCUUUAUUGAUACCCCGCGCCCACGAGUCGCCAAGGAUGCGUUCCGUCACUUGCAAGGCUUCCAGACAUUCCUGGCUCUGGCGGACCAGCUUGAAGGGCUAUACGAUACGAAUAGCUUGACACAAGAGGAAAGAAAGAGCACGCUAGUUCUGUUCAAGGAUGUACUGGGGGUCCCGGGAGGAGGGACACUGGCUUUGGAACGGACGCUUGAGCGUCUUGUUUUGAAGAUAGGCCAAGCUGAGGGCGAGUCUAAACAGUUAUACGGUGCAAUUCUCGCGGCAGCACUUUGUGCAGAGAUCGCAGCAGACCUGUUCCUAUCGCUGGAAUCAAAGCUGCCCGAACAGAGCUCGGUAACUCCCGCAGACGUUCGAAGUGCCGUGGACCAAUUGCUGGGUUCUACAGAGACCGUCGAGGUUCCAGAGCUCCUAGGUCCUUUCAUUCGAGUGUGGUUAAACCAAUCGAUGUCUCAAAGCGAGAGUAUACUUUGUCUAGCUAUUCCUGCAUGCCUAUGCCAGCUAGCCUCGCAGUCCCACAGAAACGUUGUAGCUCUGCAUGCCACAGGCAUGUUGACUUCAAUACUUCCACUCUUGUUCGAAGAGAGCCGGCCUGAGGCUGAGAGGGCACUCUAUCAAGACCUCGCUCGAUUUCUCAGCUCCCAGGGCAUGAAUAGCUUGGAAGAUGCUUUGGGACUAUAUCGCCAGGCCCACGAAAAUCCAAAAGUCUUGAAGUUCUUAUUAUCUGCGCUCAAAGGCUCCAAAGAGCCACCUUUUAUUCAGUUCGACAUGUCUCUCCACGGCUUCUGCUCAGUGGAGUUUGCGACCCUAGGUCGGGCCUUCCCUCCAAACCUUUCGGCUGGGUACACUCUGGCAACCUGGGUAAGGUUCGAUGAAUUUGAUAUCAAUACCCACACCACUAUAUUUGGGGCUUUCGACACCACCCAGACAUGUUUUGUUCUCGCAUACGUGGAGAAGGAUACCCGGAACUUCAUUCUUCAAACUUCAAUCCGUGGGCCUCGUCCAAGUGUUCGCUUCAAAUCUGCCAAGUUCCAGCCUGGUCGCUGGUACCAUAUCACCUUGGUUCAUAUGAAGCCGAAACCCACUACAUCUUCCAGAGCUUCCUUAUUCAUAAACGGAGAGUUUGUUGAACAGCUGAAGAUCAACUAUCCUUCAGUCCCAGCGAGUAGUAAUCCAAUCAGGCCUCCUCGGAUUCAAGCGUUCUUUGGCACGCCUCAAGACCUGGCAAUGCGUCUUGGAAAAGGUGUAUCAACUUCCAGAUGGUCGCUUGCUAAUGGCAUGUUAUUUGAUGAAGCUUACAGUGAUGAUAUGGUGGCAGUCUUUUUCAACCUUGGACCACGCUAUUACGGAAACUUUCAAGACUGUUUGGGAUCCUUUCAGACGUAUAAAGCUUCUGCAAACCUCAACCUGCGCAACGAACACCUGCAUCCCGGAAAAGAAGAAUCCUCUGAUAUUGUCACUGCAAUCCGGAGACGAGCAGGCACCCUGGUCCGUGAAAGCUCAAUCUUGAUUAACGUCUCCCCUGUCGCUGUUCUCGAUGACGAUGACAACAACAAUGUAGAUGAGUCACAAUUGAUUACGUGCCUCUCGAAACAGGCAGCGAGGAGCUUGCAGCAACUCACUAAGGCCGGUGGUAAUACUGUUGCCGUCAAUGGAGCUACUCCCGCAAUCAAUGAUGCCUUGACCCAGCCACAGGGAGUUGGGAUACUCGCUGGAGAUCCUGUGGUAUCGGUUCCUUGGUCAUUAGAUGAUGUCAGUUGGUGCCUGGGCGGUUGUGCUGCUGUUCACCUCAGCAUGAUUCAGGCAUCCGAAACAAGCGAAAGCCUCUGCUUGGCCGUUGAGGCUCUUUACGAGGCCGUGCAAGAUAAUUGGAGGAACAGUGAAGCAAUGGAGCGAGAAAAUGGCUACGGCAUCAUGGCAGCUCUUCUGCGGGAGAAAUUGGGGUUUCAACCCAGCAACGUCCCAGGAGUGAAGGGUGCAAUUACGAGUCUCGGUGCUGACGGGAACGGCCUCUUACUCUUGAACCUGCUGCGCUUAACACUUGGGUUCGUCGGUUAUGACUGUGAUCAACCAAACCGAUCUAUCAUCACCAAUCCGCUGGCUUAUCGCGUCUUGCUGGUAGAUUUGGACAUAUGGCGGCACGGCGAAAGCUGCGUACAUGAAUUGUACUUCUCACAGUUCCGGACCUUUGCUACUGAGAGCGACUAUCGACGAUUCAAUGCAAAGCGACUCGGAAGAAUGCGCGUCAGUAAAAGAUUACUAGAGACGUUAAAAGAUGGCGAGGUCACGCAGGAAACCUUAAAGCCAUGCCUCUCUGCCUUCUGCUCCCUGAUCGAGAGUAGCAUGUCGCCAGAUCUACUCAGAUCGCUAGCUCUUUCUAUCACUUAUACUUUGCACAUGCCGAAGCCAACCUCUAGCCUGCAAAAGAAAAAGAGCUUACGCUACCUAGGAAGUCCCUCCCGGCCAGGGUCGGCAAAGUCUCAAAUCCAGAAGCAUGUCCCCGCCACCACAAUGGGAAUCGAAAUGCUUCGUUUAUACACUGCUGUAUUGUGCAAUCCACUCGACCAAGCGCCAUUGAAAAAGUUCGCUAAAGCAGUAACAAACAAGUGGCUUCUGUACCUUUCAUGCGAGGAUGAGCCGGAAGUUGUCGUCCUCGCCACCAAGAUCUUGUCCAGGCUAUUGGUCAUCCAUGGAAAUGGCUACAACCACCAUUCUACCACUCCCGAGAGCCUCAAGAUGUCUCAGGUCAGCUUAAAUGAUGUCCCGUUGUCAGACCGCCCAUCACAUGCAUUCCACUUGAUUUCCUCUAUCAUCGAAUUCUUUCAAGAAGCACGGCGCAUUUCACGGACUUUCAAAGAGUUUACCUUGACAUCAAACUACGUCCAAGAGCUUUUAGCUGUGCUCUACCCGAUUGUUGUAACCGUGGAUGCCAUUAGUCCCAGAACAGAACUGAAUACUUCCCAGGGUGGUCUUUUAUUUGAUGAGAGUAACAUUGCCCUCAGACCACGCUCAAGUGCUGCAAAUGUUCCCUCUGCUCUUCAGACUUCGACUGUUGAAUUUUCGAGCAGUCCUGAUGAAGCCCCAGAAUAUGGACGCCGUGGAUCGUUCAUUCUAGUUUCUCCUGAUAAGUCGAAGCGUCAGCCCUCUUCAGCGCGCCUUCGCAAAGUGGCAAAUCCCACCUUCACAGGAGACGAUUCGAGCAAAAAGAGCCCCAUCGUGAAAUUGAUAUUUGGGCUUGUACUCACAGUAUUCGAAGACCAACUGCUAGAACGCAAGGACUUCUCUGGGCUCGGACUAUACCAUAAAAACCCGCCCGGGUUCUUGGAGCAUCAGGCUUAUUUCAGUUCCUGGAUUUUAACCAGCCUCUUGUCUACGGUGAAGGACCUGCCAAACUCGAAACCUAACAUCCUCCACGAGACUCGUACACUUACCAACAUCGGCCGUUUUGCAUCUCACAUCGCCGAGUCAAUAUACGAGGGUUGGUUCAUGGAUGGCGCAAGCGCUGCUUUGGAAGCCCUCGGCUCGAUCAUGGAAUACCUUCAACGCCCUGACAUAUCGUCCCUCAAAAGUAUCCGACUUUGCAGCCAAUCAGUUGAUGCAAUCCAUUCUACAUUAUAUAGGAUAGUCUUGUUCCAGCUGUCUGAAGCCGAUGAACCUGACUCCCUUGCCGUGCUGAAACGGCUCAGCUACUGGCAAGUGGUACUCUUAGCUCCUUUGGAGUCCCAGACAAAAAACCUUCAGUUACUUAGUUAUCUCCUUUACACUAAGCUUAUCAGCACAAACGAGGAGAUUCGCCUGGCAGCAGUUGGUCUUUGGCGAACAAUCCUAGUCCAAAAGCCGGACGAGAUAACAGAAUUGUUAAGCCACGGUCCACCGACCCUGCAGCGACGUCUGGCUGACGGCUUUGAGGUCUUGUCUGGAAUGGAGGACGAGGCAUUUCUCAACUGGAUCGACGAGCAGCGUGAUGACCUCGAUGCCCUUUUCUUUGGCAUUAUGUCUCGUUCAUGGGAUAACUUUGUACAGGAGGAAAAUUCCAAGAUUCAAGAGUCUGCCAAAAAUCGAAUUACCAAGCGCAAGGACCGACUCAGACAAUGGGCCCAAUUGGAGAAAUUUGAUGAGGAUGUCAUGCGAAAGCACGAAGCGACCCUGCCCCAUUGGAUCUCGAACAUUUCUGCAUCGGAAUUCCUCAAGUCCCGAAGAUUUGUACAGGAUCUUCAGGAUAACUCUUCUUUCAUGUGGUCCGCAUUCUCAAGCCUUCUGUUGGACCUCCGACGACCGGGCGGCCUUCUCGCAGAAGACAAGGACAGAAAGUGGAGACUCGAUCAGACAGAAGGACGUAGUCGCAUGCGGAUACGGCUUGUACCAGACGAUUCAGGUGAACAUCAGGACUAUCAGCCCAAGCGAAAGGCUUCCGAACCUCCAGCUGUGAAGAUCGACACCCGGGUUCGCGCAUUGUCAGACGGCCAAGACGGCCUAUCAACACCCAUCACCGAAGAGUCCGAAUCAAUGGAGUCGGAGCGACAGGAUGCUGAUACGGACGGUCAAAGUAUUCUAGAAGAGAACUUUGAGAUGAUUGACGACCCAAAACUGGAGAUGGAAGAAUACGAAGACAAAAAUCGCAGAGUAAUGCGAUCUCUCCAGAGAGGCGAUCAAGUCCAAAGCGUAUGCAACAUGUCCCGAAUCAUCGGCUUAGAGGCUGUUGAAGGCCUCUUAAUCCUUGGUAAAAACUGCAUCUACAUCCUUGACAGCUUCUUCCAGCGUGCAGAUGGGGAAAUUGUGAAUGUCUGGCAAGCACCCCCUGAUGAGCGAGACCCUUACGUCCGGAUGAUCGCCGGACGAGAAUCCAGCGACCGCCGGUUCCAUGAGCAUGAAACCCGCAGUUGGAAAUGGUCCGAUCUAGUGAGCGUCUCUAAACGGCGAUUCUUAUUCCGUGAUGUUGCGCUCGAGAUCUUUUUCACAGAUGGCACAAGCUAUCUGCUCACUUUUUUCUCCGCUCGUGUGCGAGAUGAGCUUUCUGCACAACUUGGUACCAUGGCUCCCCAGGUCACUGGUAGCGCUGGACAUUCUCGGCCCGAAGAUAUCUGGCGUUAUGAGACUUUGCGUAGUCAAGAGGACGAACCCAGAUCCCUCGGAUCGAAGUUUGCUAGUGUCUUUGGGCAUCUUCCCUCGAAUCCCGCUACCCGCAAGUGGGUUCGUGGAGAGAUCUCCAACUUCCAUUAUCUCAUGCUGAUCAACACGCUGGCCGGGAGGACAUUCAAUGACUUGACCCAAUACCCAGUCUUCCCAUGGGUACUCGCUGACUAUACAAGCGAAGAACUUGAUUUGAAUGACCCCAAGGCUUUCCGAGAUCUGUCAAAACCCAUGGGCUGCCAAACGCCUGAACGAGAAGCAGGGUUCCGGGAGCGAUACAAUGCCUUUGCUGAGAUGGGUGAUGACAAUUCGCCUCCUUUUCACUAUGGAACUCAUUACUCCUCUGCCAUGAUCGUGAGCUCGUAUCUGAUCCGCUUGCAGCCGUUCGUUAAGUCAUAUCUUCUCCUCCAAGGUGGGACUUUUGACCACGCGGACCGCCUCUUCUAUUCCAUCAGGAAAGCCUGGGAAUCGGCUUCACGGGGCAACAUGACAGACGUGCGCGAGUUGACCCCCGAAUUUUUCUAUCUUCCCGAAUUCCUCGUCAACUCCAACAAGUAUGACUUUGGACUGCUCCAAAACAUGACCACGGCAAUUGACUCAGUGGAGCUACCACCAUGGGCCAAAGGCGACCCUAAGAUCUUCAUUCAGAAACAUCGUGAGGCUCUUGAGAGUCCUUACGUCUCAGAAAAUCUGCACCACUGGAUCGACCUUGUAUUUGGUAGCAAGCAAAAGGGCGAGGCAGCAAUUGAAGCGGUCAACGUUUUCCAUCAUCUAUCCUACAAGGGCGCCAAGGAUUUGGACGCCAUCGACGAUCCAAUGGAACGGCUAGCAACUAUUGGCAUUAUCCAUAAUUUUGGACAGACGCCACAUCAGGUCUUCCAGAAACCCCAUCCACCACGAGAAGAUCAGCGUCACCGCGUGCCGAGGUUGGACACACUUGCGGAAUCUCUAACCCAAAUGCCGUUAUCUCUGCUUGACAUCGAACAGCGAGUCGCCACUCUGUCCAUGAAGCAGGAUCGAUUGCUUUGUACUGCUGCACUUCGGAUCAACGUCCCACCCACCUAUGAUCAUUACAUGGAAUGGGGAUUUUCCGAUGGAAGUGUCCGAUUUUACGCGACUGACAGUCGCAAGCUCCUUGGCCAUUUCGAACAUCUCCACGUUGGCCAGCUAUCUUAUACUAGCUUCGCGGACUCUCGCACCCUCAUUACCUGUGGCACCGACUGUACAAUCUCCUUUUGGACAGUGACCGCAACCUCUAGGGCAGUAGACCUACAACCCAUUGGGUCACUCUUUGGUCACCGCACACCAGUCAAAGUCCUCGCAGUCUCUCGAUCGUUCAGUACUCUACUUUCCGCUUCGAACGAUGGCCAGAUCAUGCUGUGGGAUCUCAACCGACACUGCUUCGUGCGAUCUUUGCCGGCCGAUGGCACUGUUGACUGCGCCCGUAUCAACGACGUCACGGGCGACAUCGUUGUCUGCCGAGGCAACCGCAUUACCCUGUUCACGUUGAACGGCGAUGUCUUGGUGGAUCAGCCCAUUUGUGAACCCGGCGAAGACCACGUCUUGUCCUGCGUGUUCUACGAGGGAGUUCAAAACGAAUGGCUGGAACGCGAACUUGUGCUCACCGGCCACAGCCGCGGCGUAGUGAACAUCUGGAGCAAGACCAUCCGAGGCAGCCAAUUCGAGCUGGAACUCAUCCGACAAUUGCACCAUACAGACAGCAAUCGCGACAACGGCGCCAAUAUUGCCGUGGGUAUCAGCUGUAUCUUAGCUCUGCCCCUGGUGGUAUAUACCGGUGACGAGGCUGGACGAGUGUAUGAGUGGAACUGUAUCCAGCGGCACUGA